AUGGAACGUGGGAAUCGCACAGUGGUGACAGAGUUUGUUCUCCAAGGAUUAGCAAAGAACUGGGAAUUACAGUUGUUCCUCUGUGCCCUCUUAUUACUCUUCUAUGUCAUCAUUCUACCAGGGAAUAUCCUUAUCAUUGUGACAAUUCGGAGUGACCUCCGCCUAGGGUCCCCCAUGUUUUUCUUCUUGUCCAGCCUGGCCUUUAUGGACAUCUGCUAUAGCAUUGUCACCCCUCCAAAGAUGAUGGCCAACCUCUUCACUCGCCAGAAAACCAUCUCCUAUCAAGGCUGCUUGGCGCAAAUUUUUUUCAUCCACUUCCUAGGUGCAGCUGAGAUUUGCUUGCUUGUUGCCAUGGCGGUUGACCGAUAUGUAGCCAUUUGCCACCCACUGCAUUAUGCCACGACAAUGACCAGAGUCGUUUGCUGGGUGCUAGUGAUUGGCUCAUGGGCUGAAGGCUUCAUGCACUCUAUGAUCCAAAUGAUUCUCAUCAUCCCACUCCCUUUCUGCGGUCCAAACGAACUGGACAACUUCUUCUGUGACAUCACCCAGAUCAUCAAGUUGGCGUGCACCAACACCUACACCUUGGAGUUUGCCAUGUUUAUCAAUAGUGGCCUGGUCACCGCCACAUGCUUUAUCAUUCUCCUCAUCUUCUACGGGGCCUUGCUGGUCAAAGUGAGGACAGGUUCGGUCCAAGGGAAGAACAAAGCCGCAUCCACGUGCAUCACCCACAUCAUCAUCGUCUUCAUUAUGUUUGGCCCGGCCAUCUAUAUCUAUUGCCGCCCUUUCCAAGACUUCCCAUUGGACAAGGUGGUGGCCUUUUUCCACACUGUGGUCUUUCCUUUGAUGAACCCCAUGAUCUACACCUUGAGGAACAAGGAGAUCAAAGCUGCUAUGUUCAGACUGCUAAAGAAAAAUAAAGUUGGAAGGGACAAGUGA